AUGUUUAGUAUGGCGAAGUCUAGUCUUUCGAAGAGAAAGAGCCAGCUAUUAGAGACUAAAGAAGUAGCAAUAGAGGACCUAAGAGUACAUAGAAUAAAACAUGAGAAAAAAAGAAAAGCUAUUUGGAGAGCAAAGUUAUACAUGCUCAUUGGACUGGCUAUACUGUGCCAUGUGUGGGAUAGAGUGCUAACAGUGGACAAGCUAAUAAAUGUCCAAGUGAAGGCAGAUACUAUUACUGAAGAAGGCAGCAUAGAUAGUGAAAUAAAGCCAGUGCUAAAGGAAGAAGCCAGCGAUAUUGGGUUUAUACACAACAAGAGAUUUUUUUCGCCUGAAAUAAAAAUAGAGCACUCUAUAGUAGUUGCUAAGGGUGUUCCAAAAGAUCCGACCUACACCUACACAAGAGACCACAGGCAGGACAGAGUGCAUCCCACUCUUCCGUAUGAAGGCGACUUGCUCAGGUAUAAGAAAGAGUAUUUUACCACGCUUCUUGAGCUGUUCCCCUCUAUAUAUGGGUAUGUGUCCAUAUGGUCGGACAGAGAGGAUUCUUUUUUUUCUUUUAUUAACAGGGUAGAUGUAAAAGAGUACAAGUAUAAAAUACUUGCCUCGUUGCUGCUGCUGCUUGUAGAGGGAGUAGAUUUGCCACUAGAAAUUGAUGAAAUUGAAAGUGAAACAUAUCUAGUUUUGAAGAAGGCAGAUGGAAUAAAAGAGCACUUCAGACUCAAUAUGAAUACAUCGGUUAAAAUCGGCAAAGAUGCAGAUUCUUUAUAUGUGUUUAAAAAGGUGCUUCAGAAAAGGGCAGUUGAUGUGAUAAGCUUCUUUAUACAGAAUAGAGAAAAUAAAGUUUUUACAGAAGACAAAGGCAGUUCAGAGCCAUCUGACUGUGAUAUGCAUGAGAAAGUACAGUUUAUAGACAGCCCCGCCUUCCUUAUACAGACAUAUAUACGCCACUGCCUAGAGAGUACCAAGGAGGUAAUUUUGUUCAGGAAGAUAGUGCGUGAUCUGCUAAAUGAGUGUAUAAAGAAGGGAAAAGCCAAUCCUGAAAAGAAUCAGAGAGAACAAACACUGCCUGCGCAAGAAAAGGACUUGUUUCGCAGAUACUUUAUAUCGGGUGGGCAAAGAUCAAAUAGUCCACAACACAUAGCUGCAAAUCGUCAGAUAAAAGAAAUGCUGUUCAAGAAUCCUAUAGAAAUCUCAAUAAACUCACUAUAUCUUGAGCCAGUUGCAGAUGUGGUUCCUGUCCAAAGGAAUAUAGAAAAUUUGAGCUCUUCUUCAUCUGCACAUAUAAUAAAUCUCCUAGAUGAUGAGCAUAUCCAAAAGAAUGCUAUACCAAUUCCUUCGCCAGGAUUUACUGAUUAUGGCGAGACAGUGCUGCUGGGCCUGUUCUUUACUAUUGCGUAUAACCCAAAGGAGAAUAUAUUCACAGUUGACCACAUAAAGUCUGCCUCUGAGGAGCUGAAAAGCUUUUUCCGAAAACACAAAUACAUGUAUGGAGCAGUAUCAAAGGAAAUGCACGAUGACUGGAACCAAGUGGUAGGGGGCCUAUCCAAUCAGGACAUACAAUAUAUGCGGCCCGACAGAAACCAGCUUGUGCCAGGAAUAAUAAACAUGCUGCAUGUCAUUAAAGAGAUAGCAGGAGUGGGUGAUACAAAGAAGAUAAAUGAUUUUAGGUUAAGACUGUAUAUGAUAGAGGAGGAACAGAGGAUUCUGGAAGUUCGUAUGCUUUAUCAGAAGCUUACACAAGAUGAAGAAGCUACUAAAGAAGAGAAAAAUGAAAUGAAAUUACAAAUAUUACGCGUGAUUAAUUCGGAAAGACUGAAGACCAUAAGAAUCCUUGAAGAUAGAAUUAAAGAAAAAGAAUACAGAGAAAAAGCAGAUGAAAUCAAGCUAACGAUACAGGAACUAAUGGAUAUUGAUGCAUUAUAUAAAAAGUAUAUUGAGAAAGAGGAGGCACUGAAAACCGAACUAGGAAAUGAUAUAAAAGAAUAUCUGACAGAGAUAAUUAAGAAAGGUCCCGAAUUUUCAGGGAUAUUUAAGCAGACUUUCGAAGAAAGCUACAGUGAUUUAUUCGGGGUGUUACAUAUAGAUUGUGAUACGGAAUUAGCCUAUUACUAUCGGUUUGUGGCUUCUUUUAGGUAUAAUCCAAACAUGAUAGAACUGGACUGUAAAGCUACUUUUGCUAUAGAACAGGCGUCAUACCCAUUACAUAACAAACAAUUCGGAGUGUUUGAGAGAAAUGCACUUGUUUGGGCUAUAUAUGAAUUCAAGGAAAAAAAUCGUUCUAGGCUAAAUGAGAUGCUCCAGCCCACACUCUUCUAUGAUAAUGAGUGCAGGAAUGUAGAUGUACAUCUGCUUGAUCCUUUAAUGCGUAUCCAAAAAUACAAAAUAUAUGUUGUAUGGGCUCUACUAUUACAUGCAAUAGACAGAAAUCUUGACAGCGACCACUCUUUUGUGCGCCUGGCAGAUAACCUCCUGGAAAGUGCUCGCUGCAUGGAUAGCGACGAAAGGAAUGAAAUGUUUAUGCUGCUUAGCUUCAUCUCAGUAGACAAGUACUAUCCGCACAUAACCAUAGACAAGCAUGCGUAUGAAAAGGAAGAAUAUUUUGCAAAAGCAAUAAACAAUCUAUUGGAGUUGGCAAACAGUGCAACACUUGUGUCCAACAAAACAUAUGCUAAUAUAAUCACCGAUAUAUUGAUUAGAUUGAUUUAUCUGAAAGGCAAUGGGUGUCGGGAAUUUAAGACUUUUGCUGGAGAGCUUAGUAGGAUACCCGAAGCAGGAGAUUUAUUUGUCAAGAUUUUAACACUGGAUGGAACCACCAUGGAGUAUAUUACUAGAGUUGCUCAAUUUACGCAGGGAAUGGGAAAUGAAGAUCGGGCUGAUUGUAAGGGAUACCUUAAUAUGUUUUUGAUGUGGAUUAUUCAGAAUAAAAGCGAGUCUAAAUGUAGUUACUGGAAGGAUAUAGUAAAAAGAUGCUGUGACUUAAUUGAGGUAACAGAACUCGAAAAGAGUGAUUUUUCUUUUUUAUGGAGGAGUCUUGCUAAAAGUUCAUCAUCACUGCUUGAAUCCAUACAACCUACUGUGUGUGAUAAAGAUGAUGCAGAGAGUAUGAAAAGGUUUAGAUCAAUUAAAAAAGUAUUGAAUACGUCUAGGCGUCAGUAA